ACUAUCAGAAAUAAUUCAGUCCCCGUUUUCUUGUUUGUCGGGCAAGUUUUAGGAAAUGGGAGAGCCAACUUCAAGCGAUAUGGAAGCUUUGGUAGAUGAAGCCAUCACCCUACCAGAUGGUGUGAUAAACUGUACUGAAUUGAACCGAUUGCUAAAGUGCUUGGUCGAAGGAGUGUCUAAAAUUGCACAAGAGUUCGAUGACUUGCGCACAACCAAUGACGAACGGUUCCAAAUGCUCGAGGAUUCUAUCGCUGAAGCGCAACAACCAGCCGACACGGAAGAGGAAGAACAACCCAUAUUGAUCCCGUGCGGUGUACCUAUCGUGAGCGAACCAGAACAAACAGAAACUUCCCCCCAAAAGGAGAUUCUUCCGAAAGAAGUCACUUCCGAGACAUUGUUGAAAGAGAUCGACGAACAGGCAAACGAAUUCCGGAACAACGAAUCAAAGUUGCUCGCGGUUAUAGGCGAUCUUGAACAGCGGUUGGAAAAAGUGGAACAAUUGUUCUACCAAAAGCUGGAACAAUUGUCCAAGGAUUUUCAACACUUCCAAACACUGGUUGAAAGCAAGCAAACCAACCUGGAGGAAGCGACAUCGACCGCAUCCAUGCUGCAAACCGUCAGCUCGACCGAGCAGAUGAAUAAGCUAGCUGAAUUUACCGACAAACUGGACGAACUGCAACGCCAGAUGGAGUUACUGCUCAGCCACCGGGAUCAACUGCCGCUUCGAAUCGAAGCAAUGCUGGAGGAAAAGCUAAAGGAAGGCGAAAUGACUGCUGCCGGCAAGAAACAUUCACGCGUGCCUAGUGUCAGUUCAACGAAGGGUUCUGUAAUACCUUCCAAAUCAACGUCUUACGGUCGGGUGACGGAAUCAGCCGCAACGACCCAAGGGCUGAUGGAUAACUUAACUUGUCUUUCCUGCGACACGAAGAACGUAGUACAGCGGAUGCGUAACGGACGCUAUCUGGCACCGAGGACGAGCGCAAAAUUAGCCGUAGUCGCACGAAGGCUACAAGAGUCGGAUGAUAUGCCUAGACUGCAGCCAGGAUCACGGUGGAACCGAACUUGUGGCGGGUCUUACACGGUUGUCAAACCGGACGAAAGAGUUUUCCGAUCAGUGAAUGUACAGUUUAAUCAAACGAUUCAGGAGGAAAACUCUGAACAAGAUUGUUGAAGAGCUAAAUAACUCGAAUAACAAAACAUCUUGACCGAACCAGAAGCAGUCUUUCGAUCUACUCUUGUUGAAAUUUAAAAGUGUACCUUAAAUUCCACGUAAAUGGCAUCUUUUCGGCCGAAAAUGAAACCCAAGAAACAGAAAAGCUGCUGUUGUUUGGCAGCAUAUGAAGAAGAUUUAAACGGUUUAGGCGGUGGACGUUAUACUGGUGGCAUUCACACUGUUACAUAUCCUGAGGAGCGUGUCUUUCGUGACAUUCGCUACACCGGAUCAGUGGGGGCAACGAAAUUGAAACAAUUAAUCAGACAACGUCCAAAAAAAAA